AUGACCGGCCGCGACGCGCUCUCCGAGGGACGCGCUCUGGGCGCCCCCGCCGGCCCGCGCCCCCGGCCCCGCGGCUUCGCCAUCACCGACCUGCUGGGCCUGGAGGCCGAGCCGCCGUCUGCGGCCGGGCCCGGGCCGGCGUCGGGCUGCGGGGGCCCGGCAGCCGCGCCCCGGCCCAGCCCCGGGCUCGGCGGCCCCCGCCUGGCGCUCAGGCCGCUCCCGCUGGGGCUCGGCCUCCUCUGCGGCCUCGGCGCGCAGCCCCCCGCGGCCGCCCGGGCACCCCGCCUGCUCCUCGCCGCCGACGUGCCGCUCCCGCCGCGCCCGGACCCGGCGCCGGCCCCGCCGCCGGCCCGCCGCCGCCCGCUGUCCCCGCGGGGCCGCCAGAAGCGCAGCGACAGCGUCUCCACGUCGGAUGAGGAAAGCCUACCUGAAAACAGGAGUAACCUGAAGGUGUCACUCAGCCCUGGCAAGAGGAAGAAGAGGCGGCACAGGACUGUCUUCACUGCCCAGCAGCUGGAAGAGCUGGAGAAGGCGUUCGGCGAGGCGCACUACCCUGAUGUGUAUGCCCGGGAGAUGCUGGCCAUGAAAACGGAGCUCCCUGAGGACCGAAUACAGGUCUGGUUUCAAAAUCGGAGGGCCAGGUGGCGGAAGCAGGAGAAGCGCUGGGGCGGCAGCAGCGUGAUGGCCGAGUACGGGCUCUAUGGGGCCAUGGUGCGACACUGCAUCCCUCUGCCGGACUCUGUCCUCAACUCCGCGGAGGACAGCCUGGCCGGUUUCUGUGCGCCCUGGCUCCUAGACACCAUUUUAUCAGAGAGCAUGCAGGCUCCUUCAAACCCUGUUUGGUGCACAAUCACCUUCAGUCACACCCUUUAA